AAUGAAGAAACGUCAAAAACGUAGACUGAAAUAACUUUUACCGCUGAUAAUUUACAAAACGAAGAGUUUAAUAUUUUGUUAUUAAAAAAAUGUAUACAAAAACUUUGUCACCAAUAAUUAGAAGCGUUUUUAUGCGUCAACUUCGCUGCACACAACUUAAUUACUGCAGAGGCGUACCGCAUCCACAAAGUUUAGUUUCUCCAGCGGCGUUAACUUUGCCAACAACUCACCAAGUACGUAAUUAUGCAAAAAGCAAGGACAAAAAAAAGGAGAAAGGGAAAAAGCCAGUCAAAGUUGAGAUCAAUGAAGCACAAUUACGCGACAUAAUUAAUUUUGAUGCGAUCAACGGUCAAAUGCAAAAAACGGUGGAGCAUAUGAAAGAUGACUUCUUGAAACAUCUUUCGCUGCGUUCAACUUCGGGCGCAAUUGACACACUGCGCGUCAACGUAGAUGGUACAGAGCACGAACUGCAAGAACUGGCACAAAUAUCACGCAAAAAUCCAAAAACAAUUAUGGUCAAUAUGAUUGGUUUUCCACAGACCAUACCAGCUGUAUUAGAAGCAAUAACAAAAAGCGGUAUGAAUUUGAAUCCACAACAAGAUGGCACCACACUAUUCAUACCGAUACCAAAGGUCACAAAAGAACAUCGAGAAAACCUUUCUAAGAAUGCAAAAACUUUAUUUAUAAAACACCGAGAUGCUAUCAAGGAUGUACAAAAUAACACCAUAAAAAAAGUUAAAAAACAGACUGAUAUUUCCAAAGACGAUGUCUUUGCUAUUCAAACACAAGUCACUGCAUUAGCUGAUAAAUAUGUAGCAGAAGCAGAGAAACUAUUAGCUGUGAAGCAGAAGGAACUGUUAGGAGAGUCAUAGUGCAUUUAAAAUAAAAAAUAUUUAUUGUUCUGAAUUUGUUUGUGAAAAUUUUUAAAUUCUGUAAAUUUCAU